AUGGGUAAAGACAACAAGAAAGCUAAGAAUUCGUCCAACGAUGAAAUAAAUCCAUUAAAGAAUUAUAAGAAAGGAGAAACAUCUCGCUCAGGAUUGAGAGGAUUCACGGAAUUCUGGGAUACUCACCUUAAGAAGUUAGACUAUCACUUACCAUUAACUAUCUUCAACAAAGAAUGGAUUGAACUUGACACGAUGGUAGCAGGCGGUAAUACAACUUCGAAAAAGAAAGACCGAAUCACCGGUCAAAUACCGAAGAGCGAAUGGUGGUUAUCGUUUGUGGAAUGGACAAGAGCACGGCAAUUGAUGGUGAAAUACAUCAAAUCCCAUUAUAAACAUGAAGACUUUGGAAAUGACUUAGAAGAACACUUUGAGUAUGUUCAACAACUUAGCGUUAGACAUGGAUGGGUAACUGCGUUUAGAUACGACAUAGCAGUACGAACGGAUGUUUUAUGCAACCAUGUGAAUGGUGCUCCAGGAGACCCAUCAGUUAAAAGAGUGGAGUUCUUGGAAGACGCUCUAGCAAGAACGAAUUUGUUAAGAGACGGUAGAAUCAUGAAAUAUGAUAAUCUAGCCUAUGCGAAAGGCCACGAAAAGGAGAAGUUUAGUCCGAUAACAGGUAAUAGAUACCCUCAAGGGAAGAAUCAUAAUUCGACUGACUUAGAAGUAGAAGUCGAAGAGGUUGCGUAUUUGAAAGUACCAAAUGUUCAACGAGAUAAUAAAUUAAAGAACAAAGGAAGAAGACAAGGUUAUAAUAAGCCCGUUAGAAGAUCUCCUUCACCUUAUUCAAAGGAAGAGAAAGGAAAAGGUUUUCAACAUCCAAAUUCAAAUUACAAGGGAAAGAAUUAUGAUGAGAAUUAUCAGGCGAAUAAAGAGAAAAACUUACCUGUCCAAUCAUCUUCUAAAGAUAAAAUCUUUGGUCGUUGA